ACCAAAUGGCCAUCCUCGUUCCUCACUGCAGCAACGGUUCCUUGAUCAUCCUCGAAAAAACCCCAAAAUCCUCACCACGCACUCCAAAUUCCGGAGUCCAAUCUCGUGGGAGGUCCCGCGUGAUCCAUCCAUGGCGCAGCCGCCGGAAGCCACCACGGCCCCCGUCCCAGCGCUGGACAGGACGCCUUGGUCCAUCUCGGAGAUGCCCCGCGGCUACGUCUUCCAGUCCAAGGCCCGCUGCCUCCUCGACUACUACCUCGUCCCCAUGGCGCUCCACGGCCGCGUCGCUGAGAGGAACAUCCGGGACUCCGUCGCCCAGGGCGUCGACGUCUACGCCUUGCGGCCCGAGGCGCUCCCGUUCCUGCGCUGCAACCGCGACCGAACCGGCCAGGUCUGGGGCUACUUCUUCGCAACGCGGCCCGCGGCCGCGGGAGGAUCCAGCGCGGGGAGCAGCCACGGGGACGACGUCCGGGAGGUGGCGGCGGGCGGGUGCUGGCGGCGUUACGGCGGCGAGGUGGAAUACGUCGGCGAGGACGGGGAGGCCUACGCGUUCCGCCGCAGGUUCGCGUUCCACGAGGCCGGGGACGGCGGCAACAAGACGGUCUGGAGGAUGAAGGAGUUCCGCCUCAACAUGGCCGCGAGCGCCUUCCACGGCGUCGCGUUCCACCCCAGGGCCAAGGGCCUGGCGAUCUGGAAGGUCUACAACGAGCCGAUCCCCGACCCCGAGGACGAGCCGGCGGUGGACUACUACAAUAGCGACGACGAGAAUGGAGCGAUCGUGAUCACGGUGGGAGAUGCGAUCGUCGAUCCCCCAGCCCCCGCUGCAUGAUGGUGCCGCACGCCGUCGUGGCGCGGGCCCGGAGGAGCAGUUGCAUGCGGUUCAGAAUUUCAGAGUCGAAGCAGAUGCAGGGCGACUGCUUCACAUUUCAUAUUUGCAUGCUUUGAUCUUGUGGUUUCCUCAUGUUUCGUAGAUGGAUUGGCGUUUUCCGGUUACCAAGAUAAACGAGCACUCCUUUGUCUUGUUUUCGAGAAAGCAUUUGAACUUUCAGGUUAGCAUAGCCUGCCGUCGUUCAUGUUGGGCCUAAUACUAAUGGCUAAUUG